AUGGUCCUGGAGAACAGGACGUCGCGGGUCUUCUCGGCCCUCAGAGGCUCGAUAUGCCUGUCCUGCCGCGCCGCAUCGCAAUCGCUCGCGCGGCCCGCCUUCCUCAACACCACGACGGCGUCCGGCUCCUUCUCGACCACCGCUCGUCGCGCCGCCGACGACCCCUACGACGUGUCGGCCGCUAGCACGCUCCGCUCGGCGCUGAGCGCCGAACGCCAAUCGCCCCUUGGCUACGACCGCCGUCCUGUGAACCAGGGUCCCAGCUUCGCCGAAAUGCUGAGCAGCGACUCCAACAUCAACUACAAGCCCGGCGAAGCUACGCUCAUGGAAGAGCCCGAGCCACACCACCUGCACAUCGUAUCCUCAAAGCACAACACGCACCUGACCCUCACUCGUCCCGACCGCAACCCCAUCAUAAGCAUCGCGGCGGGCAAUAUUGGCUUCCGCAAAGCCGGCCGUGGAAGCUACGACGCUGCGUACCAGCUUGCCGCCUUCUUGUUGAGCAACAUCCAGGACCGUGGUCUGUUGAUGGAGAUCAAGAGGUUGGAGCUCGUCUUCAGAGGAUUCGGUGAAGGCAGAGAAGCUGUGAGGAAGGCCAUUAUGGGUUCGGAGGGCAUGAACAUCCGGAAUCGCAUUGUGAGAGUCACUGAUGCGACGAGGUUGAAGUUCGGUGGUACCAGGGGCAUGGCAAGGCGCCAGGCAUUCUUCAAGGAUCUUGGUGAGGUGUACAUCAUGGGCCUGUUGUACAAUACUGGCUACGGCGUGGCGUUGUGA